AUGGAUAAAGUAAAAGUUAACACUAGUUUGCUUCGCAAAAUAAGGCGGAAAAGAAAAAUUAAAUACGAAAACAGAAUAUUUCAUAAUGAUUGGACAGAAAAAUAUGCAUUUAUUGAAAGAAACAAUAAACCUAUGUGUUUAAUUUGCAAUAUAGAACUUGCUUAUAACAAGACAUGCAAUGUUAAACGUCAUUAUGAAACAAAACAUAAACAAUUUUCUGAAGAAUAUCCGUUAUGUUCAAAUUACAGAAAGAAUAAAAUUGAAUUGCUCAAAACGAAAAAUAAAAAUCAACAACUAAAUAUUUCAUCUUACAGCCAAGAAUCAAUUAAUACAACAGAAGCAAGUUUUGUUAUAGCAUGGAAUAUUGCCAGAGGUAAACAUCCUUAUACCGAUGGAGAAUUUGUAAAGCAAAACAUUUCAGAUGUCCUGUCGGUUUUAGAUCCUAGUAAUAGCAAAAUCCAAAGAUUAGUAUCACAAAUUCCUAUUUCUCGACAUACAACCGAAAGAAGAAUAUCUGAGAUUAGUAUUGAUGUUGAACAGCAAUUACUAAACGAUUUAAAAAACUGUGAAGCAUUUAGUUUAGCUGUAGAUGAAUCAACAGAUAUUCAAGACAAGCCUCAAAUGGCUGUAUUCGUUAGAUAUGUGACUUCAGACGUAAUUGUAAAAGAAGAGUUACUAGAUUUAGUUGAGUUGAAAGACACAACUCGUGGAGUUGAUAUCAAGGAAGCCCUUGACAAAGCUCUGCUUAAAGCUAAUGUACCUAUCAACAAGCUUGUUAGUGUUGCUACAGAUGGUGCAUCAGCAAUGGCUGGAAAACAUUUAGGACUUAUAGGCUAA